GCAAAUAAUUCUUCGUUCGCGCUCGACGUCGCCCGUGAAAGACGACUAAACAUACGUGAGCAAGAAACAAUGGCGCAGGAAGUUUUUCUGAAACCGUUCGGAUUUUAUUGGACCUUCGAACGGGAGGAUGUAUCGAACGAGCGAAGUUAACCAAUUUAAACGUGAAUUAGAGUUACAAGAUUAGAAUCGCGAGCGGAGGAAACAAUCGCUACUCAUGCGGUUCUCGGAAUAUUUAUAAUCUAGCGAAGAGAAUGGGUUAUUAGAGCGUGGUAAAGAAAAGUGAGCUGCAAGAACAAAACGUACUUUUAUUUAACACUGAAACAACCUGCGUCGAAUGCAUGCAAAGUUCUAAAUUGAAAGUAAACGGGAUAAAUACAUAAACAAUCGAGGAUCUUAAGCCACACGCGUGUAGGUGUAAAUCGUAGACGGUAAACGAACGUAAUCGGCUUAAAACGAUGAAUGUACCGAACAACAACAUACUUCGCGUAAUUUGUAACAAGAAUUCUGAGACGUAUCGUCUUGACCGGUUUGACCGAUUUUAAUAAAAGUUAGGCUUUCUCGAGUCGAACUAAUUAAACGAAGGUGAAACGGUAGUUAAAUAAAACAGCGAGGAACAGAGCAAAAAAAGGGAGAUAUAAUUUAUAUGAUUCGGUAUAAAACGGUUCUUCUAAGACCGUCCCAUAAGCAUCGUAAUCCCUCUAAUUUUGUCCAAGGAUAUCCCGGGAAGAAAAUGGCACGCGAGUCAAAGAUCGUUGGUGAACGCUAGGGGAAAGACAAGGGGAGCGUGGGUUGGCGUCGCGACGCCACCGAGCAGUGCUGCCACGACGCGCAGCGGUCGCCGGCCACGAUAGAGCGUCGCCGGCACCGAACGCGCGCUCGGUACCGUUCGGUCGAGUUCGGGCCUCGUCGCGCACAGUUAUGGCAAGGGAACGUCAGUCACUCUUCGGCGCUCGCGCGGAAGAGUCUGUACGCAUUAGCGGUCGGGGAUAACGUCGCUCCUUGCGGAGUGUUUAAUAUCUCGUCGGUGUUUCUUCGCCAUUCAUCCCCAGCGACGCGUAUCCAACUCGAUCGUGGUGAACCGGCGCGAUUCGUAACUGUGACGUAACGUCACGGCGUCCGUAAAGUGUCGCGGGAAAAAAAGCCGGUAGGUGACGGCAGAGCCGCGUGUGUUCCUCGGCCAAAGUGUGUUUAUACACGAGUUCUCGUAGCGAACGAACGCGAGAAGUGAGGAAGAUUCGACGACGGUGAUACCGAGGCUGUCUCGUACGAGAGGAGCCACGGCGAGAGCCGAAAAUCGGAGCAACGUAACGGCCGAACUUGAAGAGAGGGAGAGAAAAGCGAAAAGCCGAAUGAAUCGAACAGAUACCGGGUCGCUCGUGCCGGCGCUUUGACGUUUCGUCUUUCUUUCGCGGUUACAAGCUUUCCCGGCUGUCACGUUCCACGUAUGAUGGAUGCUGUCGCGCGUGUCUCGUGUACGCGACGCUAUCAAGAACAGACAGAGCGUCGAUACGCGCAAGCAACGGCGUUGCAGUGAGAGUUUCGCUGUCCGUAGGACAACGAUCGUACUACAGCCAGUGGCGACGACGACGACAACAAUAACAACAACAGUAAACGCCGGUAGUGCAACGAGACAUAUCGGUCUCACGGCUCGAAACAACGGUUCGUGGUGUUUGUGCGCGCGCGGAAAAAGGAAGCGGUCGGAGCACAGCCGGUCCCUCUCUAGUUCUCGUCGACCAGAGUCGCCCGUGAACCUCUCUUCUCGCUCCGUAUCGGUCCCUGUCGGUCAUCCUACUACGGUGACGUCGUAACCGUCGGUGUUUCUUCGAUGAUAAGCACGUGUGCGUGCCACUACCUGCUGCUGCGUGUACGUGCGUGCGUUAGAGUCGCGUCGAGUCGCGUAUCGGCAUCGGCGUGCAGUUAGUGACCGCGCUCCGUUUCCAUCUAAGUCCUUCGUACACCACCGACCCAGCCGCGUUGUUUUGUUGUUUUGUUCUUGUUGGUUGAUUUCGUUUGGUUCCAAGUCGUUUUAUUUCCUUGUGCCGUAAGCCAGUUACGAACGGAUCCAAACCGCCGUAACCAUGGAUAUCCUGCCGAGUGGGAACAUAUUUAGGGAGUUGCAAGACAUACACGACACCGGAUAUUUUUCGGCCCAGCCGUCGCUCGAGGAUCAUUGGCAACAGACAUGCUACGAGAUGGAGAGGUACCUGAAGGACGAGCCGAAGCUACAGUCGUACAAAAAGUUGCCCACAGAGUUGGACACAGCUCCCUGGAACCUCUUCAGGGCGCCUCCAAUCUCGUGGACGGCUUCCACCGGCACCACCAACGCACAAUUCGAAUCACCAAUCAAAAUGGAGGUGACGACGUCGUCGGAAGACAGGGAAACGCUCUGUUUGGACGACAUAAAAUUCAGUCCCGGCGAUCACAACCACAACGGCCGUGAUAGGGAUCUCCUGGACCGACACCUUGAUUCCCUCUCGAUGUCGUCGUCGAGUUCGGCGUGUUCGGCGUUGUCCUGGGACAGCUCGCCCUCCGUCUCGUGCAGGGCGUUCAUUCUCAAGAAAGAGCCCAGCGAGGAUCUCGAAGAGGAUGAGGAACACGAGGAAAUCGAGGAGGAGGAGGACAGCGGCUGCGAAAGCGAAGGUCAAAUCCUGACACCACCGUCGAGCCCCGGCUCGGGUCAAGGUCAUUCCAACUCCAGUCACUCGUCGAGUGGGAGUUCGAUGCUCGACGUGCAGAACCUCAACCUUCAUGGAACGGGCGGCAGGAGCGCCAUCGUCAGGGUUACCACCAGCAACGCUCAGGGUGUCGCAAGACUGAUCUCCGUCGCAGCGAAUGGUUACCCAGCGGUUUCGGGCACGCAACAUGCACAUGCAGGCACAACUGCAGCUGCAAGCACCGUGGCCAACAGGCACCACGCGAGGAGCCACGAGCACAGUCCACCUGAUACGAAACGCAGGAUACACAAAUGCCAAUUCCCGGGAUGCAAGAAGGUCUACACCAAGAGCUCGCAUCUCAAGGCCCAUCAGAGGACGCACACGGGAGAGAAGCCCUACAAGUGCAGCUGGGAGGGCUGCGAAUGGCGAUUCGCGCGUUCCGACGAGCUGACCCGCCAUUACCGCAAGCACACCGGCGCGAAGCCGUUCAAAUGCAGGCAUUGCGACCGAUGCUUCUCUCGCAGCGAUCACCUAGCCCUCCACAUGAAGAGACACGUGUAAUCGAUCGUCUCCCCGAGCGGUCCUCCACGCUAGAAACAGUCCAGGACCGACAGACGAAGCUCCUUCCUCCCCGAGGAUUCCCAAGGCUGAGCGGAGUCCUCGUGAUCGCGUUUCUUCCAUACCGACGCACCCGACGACGAUUCGCGCGAAUUCGACGGCCGUCACGAGCCACGCGUAUUCGUCAGGGUAACGAUUAGCGUUCGCGGCAAUGAUCGAUGGUCGACGAGAUAACCGGCGG